GCGAGUAAAUGGCCAGUCCGCUCAGUUGCGAAGUGCAUAUCUGUAUCGAUUGCCGCGUCGAUUUAAAUUUUGAAUUUGGAAUAUUUGUUUUUUUUUCUUUUGUAUGUGAAUGUGAGCUGUGUUUUUUUUUUGUAAAAGCUUUCAUACUUUUUGGAUUGGUUCCUGUUUCUUUUGUUACGAAACGCAUUUCACAAUGCCUCCCGCCAAAGACUUCAACACCAAGCACCAAUUCGUACGAUCAUUCUCCCACAAUGAGCCCACUAUGCAAGCCAGAGUGUACCAUCCAGCAACAAACCUCAUGCCUCCUACACCACCGCUCUCUCCCACGGGAAUGGCCCCUGCGUUCCCAGCACACCCGAGAGCCAACGGCCACAGUUGGGGCAAGCCAUCGAGCCAAAACGGCGGGAAAUACUCUUGACUACAAAAUGGCCGAACGUCAAAAUUGUGGAUAAACAUUGGUAUUGGCACGACGCAUUUUGAACAUCGCGGCUAUGGUAUAAAGUAUUUUGGCCACCGAAAAAGAAGGAAGAAAAAAUAAUUUUAGAAAUUAAGACUACGGCAUCAUUUGACGUGCAUGCAGAGUAAAUUUAGUUUUUUAUAGUAGCUUUUAGUUUAAAUGUAAUAUUUGUAAAAGAC